AUGCCUGGUGCCAUUUCCGCAAUCACAGCCAUUGCCGGCCGUGGCGAAGAAUUUAAUGAAGAAUUAUGUACUUUCGAAACAUGUGAUAUCGCUCUCUCCUGGUUCAAAUACCGCCCAUCUUUGCCUGCAAAUGCAGUGUUCGCUGCUCUGUUCUUUAUCUCCGCCGCCAUCUUUCUCAUCCAAGGGGUGGCCACGAGGAGAUUCAUCGGGUUCACCAUCGCCAUGGUUCUCGGGACCAUAGGCGAAACGAUUGGAUAUGUCGGCAGAAUCCUGAUGUGGGAUAAUCCGUGGAAGCAGGUUCCAUUUAUGAUUCAAAUAUGCUGCCUCACACUUGCUCCCGCAUUUCUUGCAGCAGGUAUAUAUCUUACGCUGUCUCGAAUCGUCACGGUAUUCGGCGCAGAAAACUCCCGUAUACGCCCACGAUGGUACCCUCGAAUCUUCAUUCCCUGCGACAUUCUGGCCCUGGCGCUUCAAGGCGCGGGAGGCGGCAUCUCUAGCACCGCUGGAAACGACGACAGGUCGCAAGCAGACCUAGGGAAGAACAUCAUGAUUGCUGGCUUGAUCAUCCAAGUCGUCACUUUGACCGUCUUCAUGGGGCUCGCUACCGAUUUUGCCCUCCGUACCCAAAGUCGCAUCCGCGCACUAGGCAGCGCUGCACUCGAUUCAAGCUACUCCCAUCUCCGAGCGUCCUCAAAAUUCAGGUUUUUCCUCAUAGCCCUCGCGGUAUCAACCCUUUGUAUCUAUGUGCGAAGCAUCUAUCGCAUUGCAGAACUGUCCGAAGGGUGGAACGGACCACUGUUAUCCAACGAGGGCUUGUUCAUUGGGAUGGAGAGUGCUUUGGUUGUGGUUUCCGUGUUGGUAUUGAACCUAUUCCAUCCCAGCAGGUGUUUCAAGGCUGGAUAUGAUAUCGACACAGCGAAGUCUGUUGAUAACCAGUGA